GACCAACACCUCCAACAUCAAACCCGCAGGGCCUACAGCAGCUGGUCCGAUUCGUCCUCCAUCACUACCGCCGCCUCCGCUACAAGCACACACGAGAGCUUGUUAAGACCAUCAAACUGUCAUAUUCGUACAUUCCGUCAAUUGGACUCUUGCGCCGUCGUUCGAACUCUUGGCUACAGGCCCAGCAAUCUCACAUCCUCUAUCUCGAAUACGUCCGUUCGAAGCCUCCGCCCUUUUGCUUUCACUUUACCAUGCUUCCAUACCAAUAUCCAGCUCUUCCGCUGCCUGACACAGGCAAGUACACAAGGCUUCUAAGACUCAGUCCUGGCGACUUUUCAGAUGAACUUCACGUGGAGCUGGAGCAGGUACUUUUGGAUGGCACUUUCAACUACGAGGCUCUAUCCUACGUCUGGGGCUCGACAGACCAUCUGGUUUCCAUUCUCGUCGGACCUUCCCGAGAAUACACCAUUUCGGUGACGCAAAAUUUAGCGACAGCGUUACAGCAUCUCAGAAACGCGAACGAGUCCCGAGUAUUGUGGGUAGAUGCAGUUUGCAUCGAUCAGAGUAAUCUGGCCGAACGAAGUUAUCAAGUCACUUUGAUGAGCGAUAUCUUCCGAGCAGCAUCUCGAGUUACUGUCUGGCUUGGACCCGAAGAAGACGACUCUUUCUAUGCCAUCAACGCGAUGCAUGCCAUCGGUUCGAGCAUCGACGUGGACUGGAUCAACUUUACAUUCAAGCCUAGGGUGUCAGUCAACAACCCGUCUUCCAGUGCGAUAGAAAAACUCCAGGAUUACCGGUUUCGAGACAAGGAAGCCAGUGCUGUCAAUCGUCUAUUACAUCGACAGUGGUUUGAACGUCUCUGGAUUCGGCAAGAGAUCGGGCUGGCCACUCAUGCAAUCAUUCAUUGUGGUAAACUAACCAUACCUUGGCAUCUGUUUAGGAGUGCUGUCUUCUUCAUUCACUCCAAAAGCCACAAGCUGAUGUCUGCACUUGGAGCUCAUCAGUACGCAAGUUUCCUCUCUCGCCUUGUGUUGAUGUGGAGGAUUUGCAGAGACCGAGUAUAUCGUCUACAACAUCUGCGGAUACAGCUCGCCCAAGUUGUAUGCACAGACCCCCGGGAUAUGAUAUAUGGCAUCUUGAGCCUACUUCCAAAAAGUCAACAGGCCAUGGGCAUUGUCCCAGAUUACACUCUGGAUGUAGCUCUUGUCUACCAAGACGCAACUCUACGGUUCAUAAAUUACACGAAGAAACUCAACAUACUCGUUCAGUGUGAGCUGCAAGCUAUCUCUUCCCAUGUGCCAACAUGGGUCCCAGAUUGGUCGAUUGAUCUAGAAACGACGCCAAUUACCGGAUCUGUAAUUAACGCAAGCGCGGGUUUCGAAGCGAUUGCAACUAUCAAAGAAAAAGGGACAUUGUGUGUCGUUGGUGUACCUACAGCGACAAUACGGGAUGUACUACCUAUGCAUUUUGACGAAAGCGAGGAUCAUUUUCGAACCAUGCUAACAACCAUUUGGAAACUGGCUAUAUCCAACUCGGCUACUUCGAAUGAAACAGAGACAUCGCUGCUGUCAGCGGUGUGUAAUGGGCUUUGCUGUGGCAUGUUCAGCCAUACCAGGAUCCCGAUUCGCGAAGACUAUCCAAAAUUCAAAUCAGUCAUGCAAACGUUCAAGUCCAAAUU